AUGUCUGCUUCAGAGCCUCGUCGUAUAGCCGUUCUCAUCUCUGGCUCUGGCUCAAACCUACAGGCGCUGAUCGACGCGCAGGGCACCGACAGGCUUCCGAAUGCACAGAUAGUGCUCGUGCUGUCAAACCGGAAAGCCGCAUAUGGCUUGACCCGCGCGCAAUCAGCAUCACCGCCCAUACCAACCGACUAUCUCGCGCUUCAACCGUUUUUGAAAGCUAAUCUUGGGAAGACGCGUGAAGACUAUGAUGCUGAGAUCGCGCGCCGAGUACUCGCAUCAAGACCUGACCUGGUUGUGCUCGCCGGAUGGAUGCACAUUCUCAGCGAGCGUUUCAUCGAAGUACUGAGCGGCCAUACAAUACUCGAAGGUGUUCCCCCGCCCACUCAUCCUAUACCCGUCAUCAACCUCCAUCCCGCACUUCCUGGCGCGUUCGACGGCGCGCACGCCAUAGAGCGCACAUACGAGGCAUUCCAGAAGGGCGAAGUUGCCAGUGGCGGCGCUAUGGUCCAUAGGGUCAUCGCGGAGGUUGAUCGUGGCGAGCCCAUCAUUGUCAGGGAGGUCGAGAUCAAAAAGGACGAACCCAUUGCGGACUUUGAGGAAAGGUUGCACAAGACAGAGUGGGAGAUUAUCGUUGAGGGAGCGCGGAAGGUGCUUCAAGAGCAGAGUGACAGUUAA